AUGCGCAACUCUAAACGCGGCCUAAACUUGUCCGCAUUCUCAUUCAAACAAGAUCUCCUUCAGGUCUCAUGGUUUGAUACUUACAUAAACAUCGCUGAAGAACUUCCUGCUCCACAGAAUGUGACGGCUUACCUUCAAAACACUUCACUGAUUGUACACAUACCUAUAAAACAUGCUUACCAGGAUUACGUGAUUUAUGUGCGGCCAGAAUUUAGUGAACAGUACUGGAAGUACGAAGCAGUGAACGUAACGGAAACACAAGAAACACUCAUCAUUCAGCAUUUUCCACUCGAUAGAAAUGUCAGCUAUCGGAUGAAAAUCUCUGGUUUGAAACAUGGUCGGGAAAGCCGAUCGUCGGAAGAGUUUGCGCUGAUGAUGGAACCCGAACCCACGGAUACAGCUAUUUCAAACUUCGAUGAAGAGAAUGAAUCAAAAAACAGUGCAGCUGAGAAGCGGCGUUUACUCAAGGAACCACCGCUUUGA